AUGACUGGACCAUACAAGCUGUUCUACAAAGGAAAUAGCAAGGACUUUGUCGUUUUCAUUGACGACAAGGACGCUUACGAGAAAUAUGCUCAUAAGAACGAUCACUCCAUACCAUUGACUGAUGUGGUGUCCAAUUUCGACAUUUACACCAACCAGAUGGGCCAAGGAUCCACCGGAAAACUAGAGAAAGCAUCGCAGGCAGAUCUUAGCGUGGAAUUCGGCGAGGUCAAGCAUGCAGAGGACGUGCUGCCAAUAAUCUUGCAAAAAGGAGAGAUUUUGAACAGCACCGGCGUGGACCACAAGAAAUGGUCGUCCACGAAUGACUCCAAUGGCUUCAACGCAAGAUAG